AUGGGCCAAGAUCAACCAGGAGCACCUCGGCAAGAGGACGACCUCGCCGCGGGUUCCUACAUGCUGCUCACCAUUCACCCUGACCACUUGAAAUACGUCCAAGCGGCCACCAUGACACCCGACAACCGACACGUGGGAAGCCGUUUGAGCAAUCUACGAAAGCGCAUCAGGGAAACGUUCACCGAUCAGUUCAAAGAGUUCACGAGAAAACUCACACCAGCUGGGGACUCAACGCCCGAGAGCGCACACAUAAACCGGUUCCUGAGCCUCCUCCCACCACACAUUGCUAACAGCGAGAUCUCCGAACUCAAGUUAGACGACGAGAGACAGAAGGUGCACGAUCCAAACAUGGCUCGCAAAGCAAUUUCAACCAACGUCGCCUUGAUGACAACCCGCGACUACCACUACUGCGGCAAGACUGGUCACUUUGAAGCUGAAUAG